CUAUGAUUCGCAAUGAUGCUAGUACAAAAACACUGAACACACGCAUGAAUGUUUUUCUAUAGCGGCGUGUAUUAUAAAGCUCGCGUGUGUCGGCAGGAGGUGGAUCCGGAGCACGGGAGGCCGUUCCUUAUCCCGCGCGAGCAAUUGGCUGCUCGUGAACUUUGCAACGCGUGUUUGUCCUCGCGCUCAGGUCACGUAUGCAACGCACUUGAGAUGUCUCAUGCACAUCGGAAUAACGCACGCGAACUCCCUAAUCUCGGACGGGGCUGAAGUUUCACGUGAUCAUCCACACGCACGUCAAUCCGCAGUGAACAGGACGCGUCGGUACUGCCAGAGAGCGAGGGAUAUUAACGGUAACCGGAGAGAUGACGGAGCAACGGAUGUCGCGCUGGUAUUUCGGAGGGAUCGCGUCAUGCGGAGCCGCCUGCUGCACGCACCCGCUGGACCUGGUCAAGGUGCACCUGCAGACGCAGCAGGAGGUGAAGAUGAGGAUGGUUGGCAUGGCGAUGUACGUGGUGAAGAACGACGGCGUGCUGGCGCUCUACAGUGGUCUCAGUGCCUCCCUCUGCAGACAGAUGUCGUAUUCUCUCACUCGCUUUGCCAUCUAUGAAACCGUCAGAGAUAUGAUGGGCAGUGGCAGUCAGGGGCCGAUGCCUUUCUAUCAGAAAGUGUUGCUGGGAGCAUUUGGAGGGUUCACGGGGGGGUUCAUCGGGACUCCUGCAGACAUGGUUAAUGUUCGGAUGCAGAACGAUGUGAAACUGCCUCUCGAGCAGCGGAGAAACUAUAAACAUGCACUGGACGGACUCUUCAGAGUUUGGAGGGAAGAGGGCACCAGGAAAUUGUUCUCAGGAGCCACUAUGGCGUCCAGCAGAGGAGCUCUAGUCACUGUCGGACAGUUGGCGUGUUAUGACCAGGCGAAGCAGCUGGUGUUGGGCACAGGACUCAUGAAAGAUAACAUACUCACCCACUUCCUGUCCAGCUUCAUUGCUGGAGGGUGUGCGACAUUCCUCUGUCAGCCGCUGGACGUGUUAAAGACACGAUUAAUGAACUCUAAAGGAGAAUACAGAGGUGUAAUGCACUGCCUGACUGAAACUGCCAAAGUUGGACCACUGGCCUUUUACAAGGGUUUAGUUCCGGCCGGGAUCCGGUUGAUUCCUCACACAAUCCUGACGUUUCUCUUCCUGGAGCAGCUGAAGAAAUACUUUGGCAUCAGAGUGAUCAGCUGAACUUUGACCUCUUGAUCGUCUCCUGUUGACGUCCUCUUCAAGCUGCUUUUGAGUUCCAUGACAACGACCACAAAUCUGGACUUUACACGGUGACAAAGUUCUCUCUUGUGGUUAAUACAAAUCCAAAACAGCUGGCACGUCUCCAGGAACAUCCACCACAGCGGGCACCUGCGAAUGUGGCACACUGGGGUUAUGAGGACGGACCGAUGGGACAACAGGAGUUACUAAACUGGAUCUGAACUGCGAAUAGAUGAUUUAAGAUUACAGGCGUUCUCAGGAUAGAUUAUAGAGCGUGUGAUGAUUAAAAAAACUGUUCUGAAAUCAUUCUACUGUAAUGUGACGAUUUUUAAUCAAUAGUUCACCCAAUAAUGAAAAUCCCGUAAUCAUUUACUCAUGUUGUUCCAAACACAUAUGAUUUUCUUUCUUCUAUGGAUCAUAAAAAGAAAUGUUAGCUCAUUGUGCAUGCUGCUUUUAAGCUCCAAAAAUGACAAAAACGUGACGUGCACUUGUGAGAAGCAGACCAAAAUUUUAGUCGUAUUCACUGGAAAUAUUUCUCCCAUGCAGAGAGAUUCAUCAGAAUAUUUGAUUUUGUGUUGGCGAGUAAAUUAUAGGGUUUUUGUUUUGGGGUGAACUAUUCAUUUAAAUGGUUCUGACGCACACACAACUUCUCAAACAUUGAUUUUUGUUCUUUCAGUUUUUAUUUAGUUUGGUUCAAUCUGUAUGUAUUGUGCAUUUUUAUAAUGAUGUAAUACUUAAAAAAAUCUGUAUUUGACAGUGUACACAUCUCUUGUUGGGCUUAAUCGACACACCAGUUUAGGAUGAGGGUGCAAGACCACAUUCAAAAGGGCAAUUAUAUAGAGAAAAAUAAAAUACUUAACAAUUAACUGCAUGUAAAUCUAAAAAUGUGGAGCGAGCAGUGACUGAUGAAUCAACAAAUUAUUUUUGGUGCUAUGCUUUAACUUUAUUAAAGUUAUAUUAUUGCCUCAUCUGUGAUUGUAAUAAUAAUGUUAGCGCUACUGUAGUUGCAGCAGAUGUGCUUAUAGUUGAAUCAGUGCCAUGGUGAAAGGGGCAUUUAGUGAAUUAAUUUGUAAUAAUUGUAUAACUGGACUCAACUUACUUAAUUUCUAAAGUUGUGUUUGUGUUAACUAAAUAUUCUAAAUAAAGCUGACUUUAGAUUAAGUUGGUAAAUACCAUAUUGGUACUGUAUAUUCCGGUUGGGCACACCUAAAGCAGAGGCUGAUUGACUGGUUUUAGACUAAGAAUGCAAUCUGAAAACUUGAAUUAUUAUUUAUGUCUGGAGAUGAGGAGUCUGAUCUAAUGGUGACCACCACAGGGUGACGUGAUCUGCUUGUAUGAAACAAGAUAGUGUUGACCUGUGGAAAUAUGUUGAACAGAUUUACUGCACCCUUCAUCGCUAUAAAAAGAAAAUGGAAAUAUGCAGAAUAAAAGAGCUGAAACUGGUCUGAACUUCACUGCUGUCAUUGUCACAUAAGCUUGGCAUUAUGUAUUUAGGCUCAAAUUUAAUGCAUUUAAAUAAAAGUACCAA